UAUUGAUUUGAUAAACAAAGAUGGCGGCGUUAGUGAGGGCUAGUUACAUUUCAGUUAAAAAUGCGUUAUUUUCUACACCGGUGCGUUCUAUUUCAACAACAAUGCCCUUAAGUAUUAAAGAAAUCCAUGAGAAGAAAGAAGGAUCCUCACUGGUUGUGGAAGGUGUGACUGUGCCCUCGCCGCGCACGCGCCUCCUAGUCCGGCCGGAGAACCUUGGUUUGCCUCGUCCUGAAGAUGCGAAAACUGGCAAGCCUCCCUGUUAUAUGUGCUCUCUCGGUCUUGAAGUAAAGCACACCGAUGUAUUAAUAUUGAGCCAAUUCGUAAGAUCUGACGGUUGUAUGUUGCCACGGCGAAUAACAGGACUAUGUCGUAUGCAGCAGAAGAAAAUUGGUAAGAUGGUUUCAAUGGCACAAAAAGCUGGUCUUAUGAUUAAUCUAACUCCUCACUGGUGUAACAAAGACCCUACAAAGAGGAGCGACUGGAAAAAAUUCAACACAUACUAUGAUGAGAAGACCAUCUUCUGGAAGAAAAUACCUAGACAAUCAGACCGUUUCAAACGAUAAAAUUUAUAUUUAUGAUAGAAAUUCCAAUUUACUUGUAUAUAAAUAAAAUUAAUUAGUGUUUAUAAUGCAAGGGUGUUUUUGUGAUCCAAAUUGGAAUUAGUAUUCCAUGCAUAUAUAUCAAGAACUACAUUUUCAGGGAGUACUGUUUCGUUCACUUGUUUUAUGUUAAAAUAAAAGAAA